CAGAAUGCUUAAAGCCCGUUAAGCCUCAACAUCGUGUGGGCGUAAUUCCAAAGCCUAAAGCCCGUAAUAUCAAAGCCCAAGGCCAUGUUUAAAAUACCCAAUUCGCCAGAGCCACCGGCAAUCUUCCCGCCAGUAUAAUCGCCAUGGAUUCCGGCGUAGCCUCACGCCUAAAAAUUUCUUCAGACAUGAUUCCGAUCUCAGCUGAUUUAAAAUACAAUUAAUCUGCCCCCAAAUUCCCAAGAACCCUAAAUUAAAGAAGAGUAAAAUUGAAGGCUGGAGAUUUCGAACAUGGACGGUUACUCUCUCUCUACCUCGGUAAUCUCGUUCCCACGUUCUUCCUCGCCUCUUACGCUUUGCGUGUUACCUAAAAAGUUCAUCACCUUCAUCGUCGCCGGUUUUCCUCUUCUCAAAAGCGGCCCACUGCCGAUCGUACUCUCUCGAUUCGUAUUUACGCGCCGUGUUUCAAGCGAUUUCGAGCUCAUACUCGAUUCUGCGAAUUGAGCAAGGAACUUCUCUGCGAUUCUUCAUCAGGAACAAGAAAUGACUGCUGUGAAACUGGAAGCAAUUGUUUGCCACGAGCCUGAUGAAUCAGAGCUGAGUCACUUCAGUGGUAAUGGUAGUAAAAACGUUGUCUUUCAACUUCUCGAUCAAAAGAGUUCCGAACGUAGGUGGUUAAGUGAAAGGUUUCUCAGAUGGAGACGGAGAUAUCUUCCGGUUGAUGGAGAUAACAGACGUGACCACGGCUCUGUCAAACAGUCAGGACCCCUUGUGUCUGGAGCAGCUUACUGUGUCUCUUCCUGCAGCAUGAUUAUAUUGAACAAAAUUGUUCUCUCCAGCUAUAAUUUCAACGCAGGAAUCUCUUUGAUGCUAUAUCAAAACUUAAUCAGCUGUUUGGUGGUAGCUGUACUAGAUAUCUCUGGAGUAGUUUCAGUGGAAAAAUUUAACUGGAAGUUGAUCAGAGUCUGGAUGCCUGUCAAUGUUAUCUUUGUGGGCAUGCUGGUCUCGGGAAUGUACAGUUUGAAAUACAUUAACGUCGCUAUGGUAACUAUUCUGAAGAAUGCGACGAAUAUUAUUACGGCAAUAGGGGAGGUAUACAUGUUCCGCAAAAGGCAGAACAACAAGGUUUGGGCUGCAAUGUUCAUGAUGAUCAUUUCUGCAAUCAGCGGAGGUAUCACAGAUCUCACAUUUGAUGCAGUAGGGUACACGUGGCAGCUUGCCAACUGCUUUCUGACCGCAAGUUAUUCACUUACUCUUCGUCGAGUCAUGGACAAAGCAAAGCAGUCUACAAAGUCUGGCUCGCUCAAUGAAGUGUCAAUGGUGCUGCUGAAUAAUCUCUUGUCUCUACCUUUUGGCAUCAUCUUGGUCAUCUUACUAGGCGAAUGGAGAUACGUAAUAAGCACGGAUGUGACAAAAGAUGCAAUGUUUUGGGUAGUGGCAACAGCAAGCGGCUUCCUUGGUCUAGCCAUCAGCUUCACUUCGAUGUGGUUCCUGCAUCAAACCGGACCGACAACAUACAGUUUGGUGGGAUCAUUAAACAAGGUUCCGAUAUCACUAGCUGGUCUUGUACUCUUCAACGUCCCUCUGAAUCUCCCAAAUUUGUUCAGCAUACUUUUCGGUUUAUUUGCUGGAGUGGUCUUUGCCAGAGCAAAAAUGUCGUAAAGCGUAUUUUCCAAGCUGACAGUGUGAUUGAGGUUUAGACAAAUAAACGCAAACACCAAAGACCAAACUUGAGAGGGUUCUUCAUCUGCAGCUGGUAGUUUCAACUUGGAAUACAUUUUUUACUAUACAAUGUAGAAUGUAGUAAUAUAGAUAUAAAAAAACAUCCGAUUGAUUAGAUAGUCUUUGCUUAGAAUGUUUAAUUGGUUUAUGCCUUGGAUAAUUCCGUAAAAAUAUCAGACUUGAAUGAUUGAUCUAUGCAUAGAAAACUGGUUGGAACUUGGACGCAAGUACCUAUUGAAGGUUAACUACUUCGUAAAAA